GGCCGCCAGCUGCACACAAUACGCCUCCCCGCUGGAGCGCUCCGGGCACCGCCACCACUGCCACCGCCAGCGCCGACGCGAGGGAAGAAAUGUCGCAAGGGGGACCCCUCUCCAGGAACCUCAUUUUGUGCACCUUCCUGCAGGAGCACAGCCUGCAGCCUGUGGAGGUUGCCGACACCGCCAGCCUCCUCCACUUCAGCCCGGAGCCCCACGGGGACAUCCAGCAUGAGAUGGCCAUGCGGCUGGCCUCCAUCGGGGACGAGCUGGAGCUGAGGUGGAUGCUGCCCCGAGUCGCCCAGAUGCCCUGGAUGGCCGUGUACAGCCUAGCUUUCACCUACAACCAGACGGGCCUGAGGGGCGUUCUGAGAAGUUUCAUGGGUGGCCUCACCAACCUCAGGGGAAACAGAAGGUUCUGGAGCUUCCUGACCCUCAGGGACAGGGUGUCCCCCGGCCUCGGGCGCAGGCUGUCCUUGCUGCUGCUGCUGGCGCUGCUGCUCGACUGGGGCCUCCACGUCCUGCAGUGAGGCGCCGCGGGCGGCGCCGCGGCGGGGCUGGCCCCGCCCCCCGACUGCCACCCUGGAGGUGGCCUUGUUGGUUUCGUUGUCUUUUUAACUUCUUAUGAUCCUUUUUUAUAUUUAAAUUCUGAGUGCUGGGACACUCCUGAGGUUUCAUAUUUGUGGUUUUUGUUUGUUUGUUUUUGUAAGAGAAAUGAAUUACGCCCUCGGGGGUCUUGAUGGUUACCUGCUCCCCAGGCCCCAGCCCGCCCCGCCGCGGCCUGUCCCGGAAGGAGCCUGCCUCGUGGGCGGGGCCUGUAGCGGGAGAUGGGGGGAGUGCUGGCCACGCCCCCAUGCCUGUAAGGCCCUCAGCACAGAGAAUCCGCUGGAGCAGGUUUCUGAGGGUGAGGAGAGCGCAAUAAACUGUUGGUUUCCGUC